GGGUUGCAGCCUCUGAGUCCGGGGUCCCGGCGGCGGCCCUGCCCCGCCCAGCUCGGUCCUCGCAGCCUCGCCGGCUGCUGGGCUUUGUGGUUCGCGGGUGCGGUUGGGCCCCUGCUGGGGGUGUCGCUCCGAGCAUGUGCAGACGGCAGCCCAAGCCUUCAGGAUAAAUCCUUCAGCAGCACCGCUGUAACAGAGUGUGAUGAAGAUAUAGUAUCUCUACAUGAAGACCAGGCUGAUUAUUCAAGUCUCAGAGAUGAAGACAAUAAAGAAAACUACCCCAACUCCAGGGCUCCCCUAGAGGAGCCCUCACCAGCCUCCCAUGAGCCUCAGCAGCAUGUGGAGCAGACUGUGCAGGUGGACGGAGUGCUGAAACCCAGCAUGGGCAACUUCAAGUCCCGAAAGCCCAAGUCCAUCUUUAAAGCGGAGAAUGGGAGGAGCCAUGGAGAAAGCCAGGGGACAGAGCAUGUGCUACCUAGCCAGUCUGAACAUCGAAGAGCAGGAACCUUGGCUCAUGAGAGCCCACCGAACCAUGCAUUCAGGUGCCAGGAAACAGUGAGGCUUCAACCCAGAAGUGAUCAGAAGGCUACUAUUUGGUCAAAGGACACCUUUGUGACUCAGCAGGACUUAAAUGAGAAUUCCUUGCUCAAGCUUCAAGCCCUGGAGACUGAUCUGUGCUCUACAUUUCUGACAAACCAGGAAGAAGCUGCUCAGCUGCAUGGAGUCAAAGACCCAGCUCCAGUGUCCACCCCGAGAGUGCCAGCGGAAGGGACAGAGACUGCAGACUCAGCCCCCAUCCACAAAGAUGGGCAAAAUGAAGCUGGUAGUGCAUCAGAAGACCUGCCAUCUGGUGGCACCAGCAGGCUGCUCUGUCACAUCACUGACGGUGACAACCCGCUGCUGUCACCACGAUGUUCCAUCUUCAGCCAGAGCCAGAGAUUCAACUUAGACCCUGAAUCAGCCCCUUCUCCGCCCAGCACUCAGCAGUUUAUGAUGUCCCGAAGGUCUUCACGGUGCAGCUGUGGAGACGGCAAGGAGCCGCAGACAAUCACCGAGCUCACUAAGCACAUGCAGGGUCUCAAGCGCAAAAUUCGCAAAUUUGAAGAAAAAUUUGAACAAGAAAAGAAAUACCGGCCUUCACACGGGGACAAGACUUCUAACCCCGAAGUCCUGAAGUGGAUGAAUGAUUUGGCCAAAGGACGUAAACAGCUUAAAGAGCUGAGGCUGAAGCUGUCAGAAGAACAAGGGAGUGCUCCCAAAGGCACACCUCGAAAUCUGUCCAGUGACCAACUCCAACUCGCAGCCCCCAGAGGUAAUGGGAAGCCAGAAGCUGUGGGCCCUGAGCCAAGCUCCUCUGGAGAGGAGACUCCAGAUGCUAUGUUGACUUACCUACAGGAGAAGAGAGAGCAGCUUCCCUCCCAGGAUGAUUCUAAGAUAACAAAGCAAGACAAGAACCUCAUAAAGCCUCUUUAUGACCGAUGCAGAAUUAUUAAGCAAAUCUUGUCAACCCCUUCCCUCAUUCCAACAAUUGAAGAAGAGGACUCUGAUGAAGAUUGUCCAAGAGGAAGCCAGCAACCUUCUUUGUCAGAUCAGACAUCUCACCUUCCUAUUGGUGACCUCAUCUGUGCUGAAAAUGAGUCUCUUAGAGUCCUGCUACCCAAUGAAAAAAAAGAAAUCAAACAACCAGCCCUCUCUAUGUCUAAUUUACAUGAGGCCACUAUGCCAGUGCUUCUAGACCAUCUCCGAGAAACUAGGGCUGACAAGAAAAGGCUUCGAAAAGCCUUGAGAGAAUUUGAAGAACAAUUCUUUAAACAAACUGGAAGAAGUCCACAGAAAGAAGACAGGAUACCAAUGGCAGAUGAGUACUAUGAAUACAAGCACAUAAAAGCCAAACUGAGACUACUAGAAGUUCUCAUCAGCAAACAAGAUGUGGCCAAAACUAUUUGAGGUUCAUGAAAUGUUUGUGGUCAUUUUCACUGGAUACUUUCAAGUUUAUUUUCCUCUAUCAUUCUUGCGAAGUAGCUUAGACAUAAGGAAUCUGAAGCACCUUAGAGAUAUGACUAGCUGUUUUUGAGGAGGAUGCAAGUAUAACUAUAAGUGAGGAGGAGACGUUUAAAUGGGGGGUAUUACUAUUAACAGUGUGACUGUACUAAAUAUGUCACCAUACUCUAUAUCAAGAGAAGUAAGCCGAUUUGAUUUUUAAAUAUCAUCAGCUAUUUUAGCAAAAAGUAAAGACUAGAUGGCACUUGUUCAGUAGCUCACUUGUUAGGGAUGUCUUUCUGUGUCCAAAGAUUGCUUAUGUUUGAAGAACAUGAUUUAAAAAUCAUGAAGUGGAGAAAAAAAACAAACUCUGCUUUUAUGUAGGGAAGAGUACAACUAGUAAGAAUCAUUUUCUGAAAUGUCUAAUAGAUUUUUUUAAGUGGUUUGAAAAAAAUUCUACUACCUUGUCCCUUACAUCUGCUAGGCUUUCAGCAACCUAAAAUGUGUUAUAUCGUGUCACUGCUAAUUUUUUACUAUAUAAAAAUAGCACAUUAUUUUAUCUGUUAUUUAAAAUUUUACAUUUCUGAUUACCAAAGUUCAUUCUGAUAGCAUGUACUUUGUGAAUUAUCUUUGUCUACAAUUGUAGAUGUUUAUAUUAAAAUAAAAUAUUGUAUUAAGAUUUGAAAAUAGGUAUUUUGGAUAGAUACAUGUCGGUAGUAUAUUAGAUUCUCUAAUGUGAUUAUAGCCGAUUGUUAAUGUUUUUGUUUACUAUGAGAUUGUAUAACUAUUUUUUCAUCUGAAAUAUAUGUUUUUCUUAAUGUUCCAAGGUCUUUGUAAAGUCAACAAGCUUUCUCAUGAGUUGG